UAUCAGCAAGACACGGUCCCUCCAUUAGCCCUACAUCGGACGCCAUCGGCAGUCCACCUAACCCUCUCGAAUCCCGCCUUCCCUUCGCGAGGAGGGUUCACGGCCUCGGAACUUGUACCAGAACAGUUACAGCUGGUGCAGGUUUAACUGGCGCUCCAUCUCGGACGAGAUCUUCCCCAAUCGAUUUUUCAACGUAUCUCGGCAACGUGUCGAGAGUGACAGGUUCGGCGUUGGCCGACGGCCUAGACAGGCUGGAUCUGAGUCAACUGUCUGAAUCAACGCCCUCAUCCGCGUCCGAUUCCUUCGAUAUGUCGUCGUCGGAAGGUGCACCGGAGUCAUGGAUCUCCUCGUUUUGCUCCCUGAUGGGCCAUGAGUUCUUUGCGGAGGUGUCGGAAGAUUUCAUCGAGGAUGACUUCAAUCUGACGGGUCUGCAAUCGCAAGUCCCCAUGUACAAGGAGGCGCUCGAGAUGAUCCUGGACGUGGAACCAGAGGAUGACGAGGAUGACGAGGAGGAAGAGGAAGAGGAAGAAGAUGAGGACGAGAUCUUGGGGGAUGAAAAGCCGCCUGGAUAUCGGAGGGCCGGCGCGCGGACGCAUGCACGCGUGGCGAGCGAUUUGAGCGUCAUCGAGAGCUCUGCCGAAUUACUGUACGGGCUGAUUCACCAGCGAUACAUCACUUCGCGACCCGGAAUCCAACAGAUGCUGGAAAAGUACGAGAUGCAACAUUUUGGUGGCUGUCCCCGAGUCUACUGCAACGGAUGCAAGGUCCUGCCCGUGGGACGCUCCGACACGCCCGGCCAGGAGACGGUGAAACUGUUCUGCCCCAGUUGUCAGGAUCUGUACACGCCCCCCAACAGUCGGUUUCACUCGGUCGAUGGGGCAUUCUUCGGUACUACCUUCGGGUGCUUGUUCUUUAUGACCUUCCCAGAUCUUGACAUCGGACCCCGGUUGGAUAGCUCCUUCUCUGCUCUGUCUCCGACGCGCUCAUCGUCCCUGACCUCCUCUUCGAUCAACAACCAGGUGGCCCCGGAUGUGCCACCUCCCAAUCAGCCAGCCGAGAUCAACGGCGUGCGCACGGUCAACUUCAGCCCAGGUCUCGGCCCGGGCCGGAUCUACGAGUCGCGAAUUUAUGGCUUCCGCGUUUCGGAGCGGUCGCGGUCGGGUCCACGCAUGAAGUGGCUACGGAUGAAACCCACGGACAUUCGAGAAUUGGAUGAGAUGGCCCGGUACGAAGCGCUGCACGGGGAGGCCGAUAACGACGGCGACACCGAGAUGGGCAGCGGCUCCGGCACCACGCAGAGCGCAGCUAUCGCGAAAAGAAAAAAGGCUCCCAUGCGCAGACGGCGAUACAACCCUGACCAGAUGAGCAUCAACGGAGCAGAGGCCGGAUAACCCGUCUCUUCUUAAGUUGUGUUGUUGUGUUAUUGUUUUCUCAACUUUCCGAGGAUUGUUUUACCCGCUUCUCUUAAUUCUUUGUUCUCAUUUUUUUUGUUCUUUCUUCACUUCAUUAUUGCCUGUCUGUGCUCUAUCUAGUGAAGUUUUGAAUCCUCCCCAAACCCUCUAGCUCUCUGCCUCCUCAUCAUUCGUAGUCUAUCAUCAUCCAUCAUCCCCCCAUCAUUCCCGCAACUCAUAUACGACUACGACUACUCCUCCUCUUGCCUAUUGAUCCUGUUUGUUCUUCCUAUGUUCGUUUCAGCUCAUUCCGUUGACCUGCAUCGAGGCGUCAUUGAGUCGAAUUUCUUCGUCUUUGGCGUACAGAUUCGCGUUCGAAUACAGUACAGAGGAACCAUUGAUAAAGUAUGAUAUGUAUGACCUAUUUGAUCCUGGUGUGAUUAAGAGAGAGAUGUAGAU